GUGGCCAAAGCGCGGCGCGAUGCUGGCGCUGGGAUGCUGCAUUGGCUCAAUGAUUGCUUGGGGGACCUGGGGUGACCUCGCGAAGAGAUUGAGACUCACAAGGCCAUCAGCAACUAUUCAAGGGUGGAUGCUGGCUGCCCCGGGAGAUCAGUUGGGUGCCGAAGUUGCGGAUGAUGGAAUGCUGGGCAUCCCCUUUAUUCACUCCACCCCUGAGGAGCCAGUGCCAGAGUUCAGCCAUAUCCACAAAGAGGAGGUCGAGUUGGGCAUCUCCCAGCUUGCGGUGGCCCGAGUGGAUUGCUGGGGCCCGUGCCAUCAAAAGGCGGGCGUUUGGGAGACUUUACGUCUAGAGCUGGCUGGUGCCACUGGUGCGGCCGCGGCCGCGCUUGCUGCCGUCGAGGUGCUGAUGACCCUGCCGAGUGCCGUGGCUUCGGCGGAUCGUGGAGGCCUAGCGCACUGUGUCCCUGGCUACACUUGUGUCCGCUUGAGUCGGCACUACUCGGAGCUCCUGGGCCGAAUGGAAGCUACAAGGUGCCGCUUGGCCUCAGCAGUGGCCAAGAACUGCGCUUCUCCAUACGGCGUUUGCGGCGGCUGGUACGACAACGCCCCAUGGGAGAACUGCUGCGCUGCGGGUCACGAGUGUGCUGAGAUUGCUGUUGGGCUCGGCCUGAAGGCUUCGAAAUGCGUGCCUAUGUCGCUUCGACAUGGCGGGCAGUCUUGCUUUUCCCAGUGCGACGAGGCCGAGGGAGAGUGUGCGUGGUGUGGAGCAGGAAACGCGUGCUGCUCACGGCAUAGUAAAGAUGCACCUCUUGAAUGCAGGGGUGCUCAAUUUCUGAGCCUGGAAAACUUCCAGUGCGUUGCGCCGAAAUACUCGCCAAGAGUCAAGCAUUCAGGACAGGAUUGCCUGCCACAUUGCAGAGGUGCUGGAAUGUGCGACUGGUGUGGUGAAGGCAACGCAUGCUGCCGGAAGGGAAGCCAGAGCGACCCUAGUGAGUGUCGUGGAGUCAGGAGCUUUGGCCGUUCCGAUAGGCAUGUGUGUGUCCGACCUGUGCGGGAAGUAUUCCAGGAUCACGCACAGCAAGACUGUUGGCAGCCUUGCGAUAAGACUCCAGGCUAUUGCUCAUGGUGCGGUGAGGGCAUGGCCUGCUGCCGGGAAGGUGCGCAAAAUGACCCGUACGAAUGCCACGGGGUUGCGUCCUUCAGCCGUCAUGAUCGACACGUGUGCGUGCAACCUCGCUCUGCGCAGCCAGCCAGCCUUCUAUCAGCUGGCUCUUCCUCAAUUCACCAUGUAGGCUUGGAUUGCUGGUAUGAAUGUGGCGGAUCCGGCUUUUGCAGAUGGUGUGGUAUUGGCAGCGCCUGUUGCAGAUUUGGAGCACGCUUUGACGCAGAGGAGUGCAGCGGUGCUACUGCAUUCAGCUCUACUGAGCAUCAUGUCUGCGUAGCGGUGCCCUACGUCAUCAACAAGGUGCAGAUUGCUCCAGAUCACCGCGUGCUCUUCAAUGGUCGUGAGAUUGGGCCAGGUGGGAAAGUUCGUGGGGCUGCCGGGACUGGAGCUCAUGCAAAAGAGGCGCAGGCGGCAGGACUCGAUGCCAUCCGCACAUGGUCUCUGCAACAGUCGCGCGGGGCUCUUGAAGCCUUCAAGCUUGGGCGGCACAAACUCAAGGUCGCUGCUGGUAUAUACCUGUCCACAUUUAAGGACAAGUAUGAAGGCGAAUUUUGCAGCCUAAACCACCCAUGGUGGCAAGAGCAGUUGCAAGAAAUCCUGUCCAACGUCACAAUGCACCGCAACGAUCCAGGACUGUUGUGGUGGCAGGCUGGGAACGAGCUCGAGCUUCAGAUAGACUGGGCAGGUGGUUCUGAAUGCAUGUGGCGACGCUUGGAGUGGGUCGUUCGACACAUCAAGAUAGCUGACCCGAACCACCCGGUUGGCACCGCGAUUGCUGGCUUUCACUCAGUAAAAGUUGGCCGCCUCAACACCCUCUGCCCUUCCUUGGACUUCUUGGGCCUCAAUGUCUACGGUGGAGAUGCCUACAAGAUACCACAGAAGCUGCGCAGCGCCGGUUGGACCAGGCCAUAUGCUGUGACCGAGUUCGGAGCCGCUGGGGCAUGGAUGGCACCACAGAGCUCCUGGAAGGCACCAAUGGAGCCGACCUCCACCCAGAAAGCCAUCAUGCUGCGUCAGAUUCACCAGGAAUGUUUGGCACAGCAAAGCUGCUUGGGCACUUUUGCCUUUAUGUGGGGCUGGAAGUGGGAGCACACACCCACGUGGUUCAGCACCUUCAAUGAGUGGCGCGCUGCCGGCGUUGAUGAACCAGCCUCGGAUGUGGUGCAAUCCAUGCAGGAAGCAUGGACUGGCCGGGCUUCCAGGCAUCCAGCACCCAAAAUCACUGCAGUCAAGGUCAUGGGCCCGAACGGUCCCGCACCAGUGCCUCUUGGCGUGACAGUGCAGCAUGGUGCUGUUCUCCAAGUGGACGUGAAUGCUGUUGACAUGCCCAACAAUGAUGCCGGAGCCUGGCAGAACAAUGACGUGGUCUGGGUUCUGACAACCGACAACCCUGACUCACCGUCCGAAGUGGCCACAGCCAUCCCUGGAGUUGUGCAGGUGUGUCAGGGAGCGAGCCCACGUGACAAGUUGACCGCCCUGGUCCCAACACAAAUGUUGAUAGAUGGGGGCUCCUACCGACUCUAUGCCUUUGUCCGGGAUCAUGUGCCUCAGUCCCGUGAAAACUGUCUCCCCCCACCGGAUGGCAGCGAUUGUGACAAGGCUGUGAGAUGGAUCAUGAACGAGGGCACCAACUUGCAUGCUGACUGGUAUCCUGGCUUAAGCCCUGCGUCAAGCUAUGCAGAAGUGCAGGGCUAUUUGCACGAAAACGGAAAAUGCCCAUCACCAUGCCUUGGAAGCGAGGGGGUGACAGAAGCUCACAUGAACAUCCCGUUCAAGGUGUGCCACAACGCUAUCUUUCCUGAGCCGUGCGCACGGCAGAUUCGAAAGCUGGAGCAAGAUCUGGAGGCCAACCCUGCCAGCUUUCCUGAUCUCGAUCGCAAAGCAACCCCGAAGGAGCUGCAGGCCUUCAUCCACACCAGAUUGCCAGACCUGUGUCCAGUUCCCUGUGAUGAUUGCGAAGAUGCUUAG